GAGCUAGUGAUUUCCACGGACAACGUAUCUGAUGUAAACAUCCGGUGUUUAUUUUGUCGGAGACGCCAACAUGGCGAGCCGUAGAGGCAAACCGAAGACUCGGGAGCAGUCUGACAAAUAUUCUGUUUUGUUACCAACCUACAACGAGCGAGAAAACCUCCCACUGAUUGUGUGGUUGCUGGUGAAGUACUUCGGCGAGAGUGGCUACAACUACGAGAUCAUAGUCAUUGAUGAUGGUAGUCCAGACGGAACACUGCAGAUCGCCGAGCAGCUGCAGAAGAUAUACGGCGCGGAUAAAAUUCUCCUGAGACCGCGAGCAGAAAAACUGGGAUUAGGAACGGCUUACAUCCACGGCAUUAAACAUGCGUCAGGAAACUUCGUUAUCAUUAUGGAUGCAGAUCUCUCACAUCAUCCAAAGUUUAUCCCACAGUUCAUUGAAAAACAGAAGGAGGGUGGAUUUGACCUGGUGUCUGGCACAAGGUACAGAGGAGACGGUGGUGUGUAUGGAUGGGAUCUGCGCCGGAAACUCAUCAGUCGUGGGGCAAACUUUGUCACACAAGUGCUGCUCAGACCAGGAGCAUCUGAUCUCACAGGGAGUUUUAGACUUUAUAAGAAAGAGGUUCUUGAAAAACUAGUAGAGCAGUGUGUGUCAAAAGGCUACGUGUUCCAGAUGGAGAUGAUUGUCCGUGCGAGACAGCUGGGAUAUACAGUGGGGGAGGUUCCUAUUUCAUUUGUGGAUCGUGUUUAUGGGGAGUCCAAAUUAGGUGGAAAUGAAAUCGUCUCCUUCCUGAAAGGAUUGCUCACUCUUUUUGCCACUACAUGACCUUUGACCUCAUUUGGUUGUGUUUAGUGUUGUGAUGCAUGAUCAGCACUUACUGGAUAACUGUAGUGGAUAAGCUCAUUAUGUUAUAUGUUAUAUGUUGCAUAUCAGGCUACAGUAGCUUUUGGAUUUCUUGGAUUUGCCACCUUCCAUCUUUCACUUAGUCUGGUUAAUUUUUAGACUAUAUUUUGAAAUGUACAUUAAAAUGUAAAAACACAUUUUAAUAAAAAGGACCAAAUUGA